AUGCCUAUCCAAGAAAUUUGUUACAUUUGUUGUUAUUUGGCAGUGAAAAUGUUUUAUGGGUAUUCCUUUGACAUCCUGAAAGGGGACAUGGAUAGAAUAAAUAAGACAUGUGUGAAAGAGUUCAUUCUUCUGGGACUCUCUGGUUACCCCGAACUUGAAAUUAUUUUCUUUGCUCUAAUUCUAGUUAUGUACCUAUUGAUUCUAAUUGGCAAUCAUGUUCUGAUCAUAGCAAGCGUCUUUGAUUCCCGUCUUCACACUCUCAUGUACUUCUUCCUGUGCAACCUCUCUUUUCUGGAUAUCUGCUAUACAUCCUCCUCUGUUCCCUCAACUUUGGUGAGCUUAAUCUCAAAGAAAAGGAAUAUUUUCUUCUCUGGAUGUGCAGUGCAAAUAUUCUUAGGAUUUGCAAUGGGGUCAGCAGAGUGUUUCUUCCUUGGCAUGAUGGCUUUUGACUGCUACAUGGCCAUCUGUAACCCUCUGAGAUACCCCAUCCUCAUGAGCAAGGUGGUGUAUGUACUGUUGGCUUCUGUGUCAUGGCUGUCUGGCAGAAUCAACUCAAUUGUGCAAACAUCUCUUGCCAUGAGAUUGCCUUUCUGUGGUAAUAAUAUUAUCAGUCAUUUCUUAUGUGAGAUACUGGCUGUCCUCAUGCUAGCUUAUGCUGAUAUAACCCUCAGUAUUGUUACCCUAGCAGUGUCAAUUAUGGCUUUCCUGGUUCUUCCCCUGCUGGCCAUUUAUUUCUCCUAUAUGUUCAUCCUCUACACCAUCUUCAGAAUGAACUCAGCCACAGGGAGACGCAAGGCCUUUUCCACCUGUUCAGUGCAUUUGACGGUGGUAAUUAUGUUUUAUGGUACCAUCUUCUUUAUGUAUGCCAAAUCCAAGUGUCAAGACUUCCUUGGACAAGACAAUUUGCAAGCUAGAGAAGGACUUGUUUCCAUGUUUUAUGGGGUAGUGACCCCAAUGCUAAAUCCUAUAAUCUAUAGCUUGAGAAACAAGGAUGUAAAAGCUGCUGUGAAAUAUUUGCUGAGUCAGAAAUCUGUUAACCAAUAA